AUGGUGGUGCUUGAAGACGGUGGAAUGAUGACUACUAAUCCCAAUCAAUAUUUACAACCUGAUUACAUGACUCCUCUUUCGUCCUCUUUGGACUCGAAGAAAAGCCCGCUUGCGCUUUUAGCGCAAACAUGCAGUCAGAUUGGUGUGGAUACAUCUCCAGCUAAACCACUGCUGCCGCCGAUUGACAAGAAAAAAGUGAAUAGUGUUAACAGUGAUGUAAUUAGUCGUUCUUCACCAACAAAUACCGUGACCAAACCCGAUAAACCACGUUCUACACCCGACAAUAAACAUUUGGCUUUCAAACCGUAUGAAACAAAUGUUGUAUCAAAGAAACCCGAGGAACGGCCCUCAUCUAAAGCUAGUUCCGAUAGCUCGGACGAUAAAAAAUCUGGAAAGAGUACACCUGGACGAAAAUCUACACCGCCCACAACAGAACAUGGAAAAUCCAGCCCGAAUGAAUCAAAAACCUCUCCAGCUGGUUCUUCCGGUACCAGUCCAAUCAUCCGUUCUGGAUUAGAAGUUCUAGGACAUGGCAAAGAUCACCUCGGAGCAUUUAAAAAUCUACCUGGUUUACCUGGAUUUAAUCCACUCGCCGGACUUUGUUGUCCGCCGGGAAUGGAACAACAUGCCAACCCGGCGUUCAGACCACCUUACGCGGGUGCUCCAUUCAGCGCUCAUCAUGCUGCGAUGUUAGCAGCCGCUGCUGGCUUCCCAGGAUCGUCGCCUAAUCCCUACCUUGGCUACGCAAGAGUGAAAACGCCUGCUGGUGGGGAAACUCUUAUUCCGGUGUGUAAGGACCCCUACUGCACUGGAUGCCAGUUUUCAGUUAACAAUCAUCAUUUACUUAUGAACAAUGGAUCAUGUCCCGCCGGUUGUACACAAUGUGAACAUCAAAAAUACAAUUUAGCAAUGGCAAUGGCGCUAUCUCAGCAAGGGGCCGCAGCCGGUGGUUUACCAUAUCCACAAUUGAGUCGCCCUUAUGUUUGCAAUUGGAUUGUUGGCGAAUCAUAUUGUGGGAAGAGAUUUGGAAAUUCUGAAGAACUCCUGCAACACUUAAGAAGUCACACAGCUGACGGUUCCACACCUGCAUCAGUUGCAUCAACGCAGGCAUCGCUGUUGAACUCUCUAAACCCAUUAUUUACUACAGCGGGUUUGCGCAGCGCCUACCCGACGGCACCUCUUAGCCCCUUGUCAGCUAGUCGGUACCAUCCUUACUCAAAGGCUGGUCUUCCUGCGAGUUUAGGGGGUUCACCUUAUGGAGCUUUCAACCCUGCACUUGGACCAUUCUACUCACCUUAUGCCAUGUACGGGCAAAGGCUUGGCGCUGCCGCCGUCCAUCAAUAA